CUGCAGGUUGAAUCCAUUGCCCCGAUUUCCUGUCACAUGAUUGGAAAUAGGAUCCCUUGUUGCUCUGUGUGUGUGUGUGUGGUUAGACCUGCCUGCCUUGGAGUUCACUUCAGACUUCUAUCGCGACUUGGAACGACACCUCCACACAAAACGAUUCGCCGCAUCAGUCCGCAUCAGGCAGCGUUCAGAGCAACAGUUCACCUGCGUCCGAAGUUCCCGAACACUUUCCAGUCUCAGCACUCCUCGCACAGAACACGACCAUAACCUACCGAAGACAAGUCCCACUCUCGUUCUCUCCCUCGCUCUCUCUCUUUCUCUCUCUCUCUCAAUACUUGAGCGAUGGAUUCAUUUUUGACAAUCACGGCUGCCCUUCUACUAGUUGGUUCUUUAUCUUCGACUGCUUCGAGACAAUUCGACACUGAAUGUUACACAGCCAAUGGAGAGGACUACAGAGGCUGCCAGAACCAGACAAGCCUCCUGGGUGGUAAGCCCUGCCUCUUCUGGAACGAAACCUUCCAGCACCCCUACAACACCCUCAAGUACCCCAACGGAGAGGGUGGUCUUGGCAGCCACAACUACUGCAGGAACCCUGAUGGUGAUGUCCAGCCGUGGUGUUACAUCGCUGACCAUGAAGACGGAAUCUACUGGAGAUACUGCGACAUACCCACCUGUCAGAGUAAGAGAAUUGCCUGGUAACCUGGGCUGUUUUAAGGACAGUGGUGACCCUCCCACCCUGACAGGGAGCAGUCAGACCUCUAACAAACUCACCGUCCAGAACUGCAUCAGCUUCUGCCGUAAACAGAGAUACAUGCUUGCCGGGAUGGAGUCGGGUUAUGCCUGUUUCUGUGGCAACGACCUGGACCUGCGUCGCCAUGGCCAGGCGCCCAGCAUGGAAUGCAACCACGUGUGUUUCGGUGACCACACCCAGCCUUGUGGGGGAGAUGGAUGGGUCAUCGUCUUCGACACUCGAGUGGGGGCAUGCGGGGGUAACUACUCUGCGCCCUCUGGGGUGGUCUACUCCCCUGACUUCCCUGAUAAGUACAGGGCCGGAAGGGUUUGCUACUGGACUGUCCAGGUCCCUGGAGCCUCCGUGAUCCUGUUUAACUUCACCUUCUUUGACAUCUCAGACCAGACAGACAUGGUUGAACUGCUGGACGGCUACACCAACCAGGUGGUGGCGAGGUUUGACGGUCGUACCCCUCCCCGGGAGCUGGUCAAUGUCACUGGAGACUAUGUUAUCCUCUACUUCUACUCAGACCGAACCAAUCAGGCACAGGGCUUCGCUGUCACGUAUCAAGCUCUGAGAGGGUCCAGGCCUAUGGAUGAAGAAGAGGAGGAGGAGGAAGAGGACACCAGUACGGUGGAGCCUCAGUUGGGAGGAGCAACGGAGAAAACUAAUGGUCGCUCCUCACAAAUCCUCUACGUGAUAACAUCCAGUCCUGGUAAACCGGAGCACAACAUGCCAGGUCAGUGGGUCGGACCCAACGGUACCAACGGAUACACCUCUAAGUGGACCAUCUACACUCUGGCUGCUCUCCUGACUCUGACAGUCAUUGUCAUGGUGACCAAACUACUGCUUCAUGUCACAGUCAAAUCUCCCAACAUCCCGACCAUCAGUGGUUCAGAGAGCUGCAGCGGUCAGAGUUCUGGGUCUGAGCCCUGGAUCAUCCUCUACCAGCCCUCCACCAUCUCUCUUUUCAAGAAAAAGCUAAAGAACCACCACGGAGACCUCAGCCCUCUGGUGGGCAACUAGGGAACUGCAGUCUGGUAUACUACCGCCAUCACUACUGAACCCUGUACCAGGGCCUACCGUACCAGAGCUAGCAACAGAGCUGGCCGCCCCAAAUCAAUGAGACUCCAUGGGGCACUGAGCUACAAAGCUAACAUGCUAACUAAUGACUGAUUCAGUGACUCACUGAGAGACUACUACCAAAAUGGCCCAGACAGGGCUGUCUGUGUCUGCUGUGUACAAGGCAGGAGAGGAGAGUAGAUGUACAAACAGCUCAAGGUGGACAUUUUACUGCAGGGCACUCAUAUUCUUGGGGUUCUACUUCCAUUGUCUCUCCAUGGAUGUCUGAUAGAUUAUUGAAGUCCUCCUCUAAAGACAGGGGUUGGCUGGGGCCAAAUCAGAUUCCAGUUUCCACAGGACUCCUCCAGAAUGCAGGUCUUCCAUUGUAACUGUUUCCAAGUGGGGCACAAAAUGACAGACUACGCAUCUCUCCUCAUUUAAUAAUCUGCGAACAACAAAGGGAGCCAUGCAUAUUCCCUGUCAGUGACUGUGACUGGUGUCUCACAUAGAAAAAGGGGGUUGAAUCCUGAUCGUUAUCAAGGGACGAGGACAUCAACCCCGUCAUAUUACGGUACAUGUAACUCUGACUCAGUUAUGUAAGUACAAUUAAUACCACUAUGGACAAUCGGCAGUUAUUCAAACACCACAGCCAGCUAAGCCUGAAAGGGACCCCCUUUCCUCUCGGACAGCAAUGAGUUACCUGUAAUUAUGGUGUGUUAUGUAGGCCAGAGUUUGGUAUAGAGAGAGAGAAGAGAGGUGAUUUACCUGCUCUAUCUGGAGCAAGGAGAAUAGAUAGCAUGAGUAAGUCCUGAAGAAAGAACGCAUCUAAAAAAAGACAUAAAUACAGAGAGAAAAACAACACUUGCUCGCUUCCUCACUCUCUCUCUCUAUGCCACACUGCCUCUGGAGGGAACCAUGUCAGAAGUCUCUCCAAUGACGGGGUGGAUGGAGGGGGAGAGGGAAGUAAGUAAGGAAACAAAAGGAGAAGAAAGGUAGAAGAGGGUCGGGUGUAAUUUAACAACUGCCGUUUUAAGGUCCCGAACAGUCAUACGGAUUCCCAUGUAAAAUAGCCUUUUGAGUGAUUAAAUAUUAAUAUCACCCAUAAUAUUUGUGGGGGAUCGAAACGCUUGCGGAUGGCUAACUACGAGGAAGUUUGAAACGCUUGCGGAUGGCUAACUACGAGGAAGUUUGAAACGCUUGCGGAUGGCUAACUACGAGGAAGUUUGAAACGUCUAACGCCUAAACGCAGCUUGAAUACAGUGAGCAGUGUUGCAGUAAAAUCAUCUCAAGAUAAUUUGGUGAAACACACAACAACAUUGACGUUGCAUCAGUUAUGUAAAUGUUUUGUACAUCUCCCAUAUCUCUUGUGAUUCGAUCCACAGCAGAACUGACGGAUGUGUUGACAUGACAACUACAUCAGAGUUUUGAGCGUUCCAUGCUGGCUGAAAACCUACCUAGCCAGUAACUAGCUAACACCAGACACAGAUGACAUAGUUAUAGUUAUCAUAACAUAGUUAUCUUUUCCAUAGAUGAAUAGGGUAGACUUUUAAUUAUAUUUGCUGACACCCUACAGUCAAAGUUUGGCACCAGUAGAGUAGCUAUCUAGCUAUAUAAACAACGCCCCUCCAAACACACUUUCUCCGAUGUUGGUUACAAGGUGGUACUUAUUUAAAUUAGGUAAGGGAACGCUAUGUUACCAUUGGUGUAUUAAAAUGACUGAGUUAGGGUGAUGUCAACCUUUCCCCUUCAUAACCUCACCUCCUUAAUCCAAGUGUUUGACCAGUAACCUUAUGAUCAAACUUAAUCAAUGUAGAAGUCAUUUUUCAUACUUUGGUCAUCAUACUUAGAUCUGGUUUCAUCCACUUUUCAUCCAAUUUUAUGAAAAGCAUGAUUUUGACCUUUUAAAAUAGUUUUUGAAAUGCUCAUAGGUUCUCUCUCUCUUGUCCACUCAGCUGUUGGUUCUGAUCUGGUUUGACUGGCUAUGUCCCAAAUAGCCGAUAGGGUUCUGGUCAGACGUAGUGUAUUAUAUAGGGAGUAGGGUGACAUUAGGAACACACACUGUGUUUAAGCCUUAAGUAUCUUCUGCAAGCCUGCUACUGUAGGCUUUUCUCACUCCCUCUCCUCUCCUCUCCUCUCCACCCCUCUCCUCCUCUCCUCCUCACCCCUCUCCUCUCCUCUCCUCUCCACCCCUCUCCUCUCCACCCCUCUCCACUCCACUCCCCCUCUCCCCCUGCUCCCUGUGUUUCUGAGUCUAUUAGUUGGGAUCCUUGUCCACCCUAUAACAGACUACGUCACCCUAUAACAGACUGUCACUCUAUACCAGACUAUGUCACUGUAUAACAGACUAUGUCAAUGAGAAUUAUAGUAGAAUGGGUGAGACUUUGAAAAUAAACAUUUGCUUAAUUUUCCCCCCACUUUUAUUUUCUAUGUGGUCUUGUGUCCUCUUGGACAUUACUGAACAUAUUGUUCUCCUUACGUUGCCACUUGAUUACAAGGAGGGGGUAAAUCCUGUUGUAUGUUGUGUAAUUCAAUGUGACAUAUGUCCUGCUAUUUCAAAGAGAUGGUGAAAUCCAUCAGUCGUUUGUGUACUUACUCAUGAACUGCAACUUAGCUGGAGGGGCCCCCCAGCCCCCCCCCAUAUUCAGCAGCUUCAGAUCCCUACAUUCAGAGGGCUCAGCAGACCCAAACAACCUCACUCAACUCUCAGCUAAAUCACAAAUAAUAUGGGGUGGAUGGAUAAAAGCACUCAUCGAUAGUCCACUGUGUUAGCAGACAGCAGGUUAAUGUCACUGUUUCAGUGUCCACUGUGUUAGCAGACAGCAGGUUAAUGUCACUGUUUCAGAUAGGUUAAACCAUACCAAUAUGAGAUAUAUGUUUAUAUAUCAGGUUUUACAUGUAUAAUAAUGUUAGGAUUCUAUUUCUAUUGGUCAAGCACUUUUCAGGUUGUCUUUCCCACCAAUCAGAAACACAGUCAGAGCUGAUUAAUCUGGUUCAAAACGUUCAUGCACUUGUAGCUGUAAAAAGAUGUUCAUCAAAGUUUUUUUUAUUUUAUAAUUGCUUUUAGAUGCUUUGCUAGUUGUACAAUGAUAGAUAAAUAGUAUUUCAUCCAGUUUGGCUCUUAUCUCUUCUGGAAACCAAAACCAUUUGAAAUGUUACAGAAAUCAAAUCAAAUGUUAUUUGUCACAGACACAUGGUUAGCAGAUGUUAAUGCGAGUGUAGAGAAAUGCUUGUGCUUUUAGUUCCGACAGUGCAGUAAUAUCUAAGAAAUAAUCUAACAAUUCCCCAACAACUACCUAAUAUACGGUUUUGUUAUUCUGGAAACCAAAACCAUUUGGUUCUGCACUUUUGGAAAUCAAAACCAUUUGAAACUUUACACAGUUCUGUUGUUCUGGAAACCAAAAGACAAACAUUACAUUUAGAGCACCUGCUGUAGCAAAAGGGUUACAGUUUAUAUGCAAAAUUGUAAUGGCUGUGUCCCAACGGCACCCUAUAGCGCAUUACUGGGCCCUAGUCAAAAGUAGGGCACUAUAUAGGGAACAGGGUGUCGUUUGGGAUGGAGUCAUUGACACAUUGGAAUGAGGGAUAAGAUUUACAGUAGCCUAGGUGUGCCUGUCAGUUAAUAAGGGGGCCUCACAAUGUAGGGAACGUUCGUCAUUUUUCCCUCUGAUGUUUGUCUGCUGGGUGACCUCAUGUUUUACUUUGGAAGUCUGCUCAUCAGUAACUCAUGUUAAUUAUAGCAAGACAAGAAAGAGCACGUGCCCCUGGGUCUGUGCUGUUCAGAGCAGUUCAUGCUGAGAGGUAGAAAGAGAGCGGAAGAGUGGGUAAGGGAGACUGAGGGUGUGUUUGCGUGUGUGUGUGUGUGUGUGUGUGUGUGUGAGAGAGAGAGAGUGUGUGUGCAUGAAAGAGAGUGUAUGAGAGAGAAAGGGAGAGCUUGUGUGUAUGAAGGACAUCAGAGAGAGGAGUCCUUGUUAAACAUAGAAAAUAAUCUAAUCUGACAGUUUAAAUCUAGGAAGGCCAUAUCUGUUUGGAUAGCCUGGUGAAAAAUACCAACUCCAUUCUCUCCCAUGUCCUCCAGUCAACUGGACAAUUCUACAGUACCUUAUAAUAAUAAGGGAAGCUGUCUCUUCUUUUUAGCUGUUGUUCAUCCGAAUGUUACACGGUACUAGGGUUGCAAAAUUCCCAUGUUUUCCACGAAUCCUGGUUGGAAGAUACCUUGAAUCAGGGGGUUAUAAGGAGGAAAUCCGGAACCUUCCAACCAUGAUCCGGAACCCUCCAACCAUGAUCCGGAACCCUCCAACCAUGAUCCGGAACCCUCCAACCAUGAUCCGGAACCCUCCAACCAUGAUCCGGAACCCUCCAACCAUGAUUUGUGGAAAACCUUGGGAUUUAGGAAAGUUCCCAGAAUUCUUAAACCCUACAUGGUACUCUGUUCAUGAGACGAGCAGUCCUAUGUGAUAGGGGGCAAACAUUGGUUUUGACGGGGAAUACUAAACAUUGUUUUCAUGAAAAUUGUAAAUGAAAUAGUGAAAUUUUAAUUUAUACAGUAAAUUAUUGUUAUUUUGUAUGUGAAUGGAAUCUAGUAUUUUGUAUAAGUGAAGUACCUUUGUAGUCUUAUUUAAUGUGUUUGCUAAAUAAAUACUGCAUGCAUGUUUCUUA